AUGGCGUCCUCCGCGGCGGAUGCGCCGGCACCGGCGGCUGCCGCGGCUGCGGAUGCAGCACCGGUGCUGAAGCGUGCGCAACUGAAAGGGCACAAGGACUCGGUGUUGUGCUUGGCCACUGACACAAACAGUCGACUGGCAUCUGGUAGCGCAGAUGGAAUGUGCCGUUUAUGGGACCUGCGGUCUUUUCGGAGUGUGCGUGCUGCGCAGCUUCCCCCAGAGGGCGCUGAAGAGGUUUCUGGCGUAUCUCUGUCUUCAGCUCGACCACACUUGUUGCUGGCAGCUGGGGGUCGGAACGUCUAUGGUUUCGACCUUCGCUCGGAGAAAGUGAUCUUGAAGGAGGUCAGCAGUUCAGCGGAAUGCUCCAGGGAUGACAUUAACCAGGUCUUGAUCGAUCCCGACGGUCAUCUUUGUGCUGUGGCGGAAGAUACGGGAGCCGUCCAUUUGCUGGAUCUCAACACUUGGCGUGUUGACAAGACCUUGUUUGGGAAAGCCGGACAUGAGAAUAUUUGCAGUUCUGUGGCGUGGAAGCCAGGGCGCUCCUGGUGCCUCGUGUCCGGCGGCCUGGAUGCCGCGGUGGUCUUCUGGCAACGCAGCGGACGAGGUCGAAAGGUGCAGAUGCAACCAGAUGUUGGGGAGGAGUCUGCCACAGCCACCGGGCCACAGCUGUUGAAUCCUCCAUUUGUGCAUUCCCUCGCCUACCUUCCUGACGAAAGCUUAGCUGCAGGUCUUGGUGAUGGAACGGUGGCGUUGUUGGAUCCGGUGGAUCGUGCGGAGAUUGCCCGGCUUCGAGGUCAUUCAGCUGCCGUGGCGCAGGUUGUUAGCGCUCCUUUUGGUUUGGUCUCUGCUGGCAAUGAUUUGCAGGUGGUUUUAUGGUCAACCGAUCCAUCUGGCAGAUUGCCGCUGCUGCAGUGGAGACAUCAUGAGAAGAUGAACUGGCUGCCUGCUUGA